UCUCACCAUGGCCGAGACCGCCAAGCUCCAGCUGUUUGUCAAGGCGAGCGAGGAUGGGGAGAGCAUUGGGCACUGCCCUUUCUGCCAGCGGCUCUUCAUGGUACUGCUCCUCAAGGGCGUGCCCUUCACCCUCACCACAGUGGACGCGCGCAGGUCCCCAGACGUGCUGAAGGACUUUGCCCCUGGCUCACAGCUGCCUAUCCUGCUGUGUGACGGAGAAGCCAAGACGGACACAUUGCAGAUUGAAGAGUUCCUGGAGGAGACUUUGGGGCCACCUGACUUUCCCAGCCUGGCACCACGUUACAGGGAGUCCAACACAGCGGGUAAUGAUGUCUUCCAUAAGUUCUCAGCUUUCAUCAAAAACCCCAUGCCUGCGCAGGAUGACGCCCUGUACCAGCAGCUGCUGCGCGCCCUUGCCAGGCUAGACAGGUACCUGCGCCAGCCCCUGGAGCACGAGCUGGAGCAGGAGCCCCAGCUGUGCGAGUCCCGCCGCCGCUUCCUGGAUGGCAACCAGCUCUCACUGGCUGACUGCAGCCUGCUGCCCAAGUUGCACAUUGUCAAUACCGUGUGUACGCACUUCCGACAGGCGCCCAUCCCCACCCAAAUGUGGGGUGUCCGCAAAUACCUGGACCAUGCACUGCUGGAAAAGGAGUUCAAGUACACAUGUCCGCACAGCUCCGAGAUCUUGGCAGCCUACCAACCCAUUGUGCACCCACGCCCCAUCCCCUCAUCUGCAGUACCAUAAAGGUUUCUCUAUCCGGA